UCACUCCAAUAACGUGCGAAAGAACGAAAGCCCAACGAAUGAGUACUAACUACUAAGGACUGAAGACUGAAAAGUUGAGCGGAGUUACUGGCAGGCUAGAGCGCCGGCGGUGUGAGAUUCUGAAACCCUGACGGAAGGAAGAGUAGCGAGCUUGUUGAUGGCAUCAUCGUCUUUGUCGGAUGAGGAGCUGACUCUGACGGUGCGAUGGAGUGGGAAGGAAUACACGGCGAGAGUCUGUGGAGACGACAGCGUUGGGGAGCUGAAGCGGCGGAUCUGUGAACUCACGAAAGUGCUCCCGAAACGCCAGAAGCUCCUUUACCCUAAAGUCGGCCCCAAGCUCGCUGACGAUUCCGUUCUUCUCUCCGAACUUCCCCUCAAAUCCUCUGUAAAGAUGACCAUGGUCGGUACUGUUGAAGAUGAAAUUUUUGUGGAUCAAGUGGAUGCUCCGGAGAUCAUUGAUGAUUUUGAGCUUGGGCAAGAAGAAGUUGUUGACAUUAAAGAUAAUGAAGUCAACAAACAGAAAUUGAGGCGACGUAUCAGUCAAUAUAAGAUUGAACUUCUCAAUCCAUGCCGGAAGGAUAAGAAACUGCUUGUUCUGGAUAUUGAUUAUACUCUGUUUGAUCAUCGGUCAACAGCAGAGAAUCCACUUGAGCUUAUGCGGCCUUAUCUUCAUGAGUUUCUCUCUGCUGUUUAUGCAGAAUAUGAUAUCAUCAUAUGGUCUGCCACCAGCAUGAAGUGGGUUGAAUUGAAGAUGGGACAGCUGGGGGUACUGAACAAUCCCAACUACAAAAUAACGGCUCUGCUAGAUCACAUGGCCAUGAUUACAGUGAAGUCAGAUUCUCAUGGGGUCUUUGAUUGCAAGCCACUUGGUCUUAUCUGGGCUCAAUUUCCAGAGUUUUACAAUUCAAAAAACACUAUUAUGUUUGAUGACCUCCGGAGGAAUUUUGUGAUGAACCCACAGAACGGGCUGACAAUCAGGCCUUUUAGGAAAGCCCAUUCGAACCGCGACAGUGAUCAGGAACUGGUGAAGCUCACACAGUAUUUGCUUGCCAUAGCCGAGCUCAGUGACCUAAGCAUACUUGAUCACCGGAAUUGGGAGUCAUACACUGAAAGUACCAAGAGGCGCAGGCACUCGUGAAUCUAGACAUUGAUCCAACAACAUCCCUCUCGGUCUGCUUUUAUGUUAUUUUAUAGUUCUCUUAUUAUGAGUUUGAUUUAUUUAAGAAAUAUAAACUUCCUCUAUUAACACAAAUUCUUCAAGGAAAUGAAGUUAGGAAUGAUUCUGAAGAUAA